AUGGAUUCUGUAGCCUUUCAGAUCUGGGCAGCCCUCUCUUUUCUAGUCCACCUUGCAAACUGUAGUCCCAUAAUGAGCCUAGAUGUACCUCUUUUGGAGGAAGACAUGCCAUUUUUUGAUGAACAGGAUGAGCUGCUUCAAAAUUUGCAAAAUGCAUUGCUGAAGGCUCUUAACCUCUCUGACAUUCCCACGCAAGAAGCAGCCAAGGUUGACCCUCCAGAAUAUAUGUUAGAGCUCUAUAACAGGUUUGCCACUGAUAAGACAUCUAUGCCAUCUGCAAACAUUGUUAGAAGCUUCAAAAAUGAAGAGCAGAUUUUGUAUCCUGUCCACUUUAAUGGAAUACGGAGAUACCCUCUUCUUUUCAACAUCUCCAUCCCUCACCAUGAAAAGAUAACCAUGGCUGAAAUGAGGCUCUACACCUUGGGUGAAGAUGAAAGAGUGCUUUAUGGUGGUUCAGACAGGAAGGUCACCAUUUUUGAACUGCUGGAGAAUGAACACGGAGAAGGGAAAAAGAAAGGAGAGAAGAAAAUGAAAGUGCUGGCAUCCAGACACAUUCACAGCUCUGACAAUGAAUGGAAAACAUUUGAGGUCACAGAGGCCAUCAGGAAAUGGCAUCACUCAGACUCAACCACUCAUCGGCUAGAAGUGCAGAUUGAGAACAGAGGGGGAGAGGAGCCUAAUGGACGAGGGAAACUAGAUAUAGACAUCAAUGCAGAGGCCAGACACGAGCCUUUAUUGAUUGUAUUUUCAGAUGACCAAGGCCAUGACAAGAAAGAGGGGAAGCAUGAAUUGAAUGAGAUGAUAGAGCACGAGCAGAUGCAAGAUCUGCAGGACCUGGAAAUGAACGAUUUCUACACCAGACCCAGCGAAGAGAAGCUUCUUCAGAUGAGGUCCAACAUUAUCUAUGACUCAACCUCGAAUGCCGGGAGCAGUUGCAAAAGGACUUCACUCCUUGUAGACUUUAAGGAGAUUGGCUGGGAUUCCUGGAUCAUUGCUCCACAAACCUACGAAGCAUACCAGUGUAAGGGAGCAUGCUCUUACCCUCUGGAUGAUCAAGUCACAACCACCUAUGCCAUGGCCCGGACUUUGGUUCACUUGAAUGACCCCCAGAAAGCUUCUCCAGCCUGUUGCGUACCUACUAAGUUGGCUCCCAUCUCUUUGCUUUACUUAGAUAAAGGUGUGGUUACCUACAAGCUAAACUAUGACGACAUGUCAGUAUUGGAAUGUGGCUGCCGAUAG